AUAGAGCAAACUUUGUCUGCCAUCACGUGGACUAGUCUCUCUCUCUCUCUCUCUCUCUCUCCUCUUUCACACUCUUCUCAGCUCCUCUCUGAUCACCAUCGGCUCCGGAGAUCUCUAAUUCACUGUAAUGUUUUUUGCUUAAAGGUGUCAACUUUCUUCUUCUUUUGCUGGGUUACGAAUGGGUUUCAUCUCGAGGAAGCUCCUUCCGGCUUGUGGGAACAUCUGUGUUUGCUGCCCGGCGCUCCGGCCCAGUUCCCGGCGCCCUGUCAAGCGUUACAAGAAGCUUCUUGCUGAGAUCUUUCCCAAAUCCCUUGAUGGCCCUCCAAACGAAAGGAAAAUCUUGAAGCUUUGUGAGUAUGCUACCAAGAAUCCAAUCCGCAUCCCUAAGAUUGCCAAGUAUCUCGAGCAAAGGAGCUACAAAGAAUUGCGGACUGAGAAUGUCAACUCGAUCAAAAUUAUCAUAGAAGCCUAUAGCAAACUGCUUUCCAUUUGCAAGGAUCAAAUGGCAUAUUUUGCUGGCAGCUUGUUGAAUGUUAUCGUUGAACUGCUGGAUAACAAGCAUUCAGAUACUAUAAAAAUUCUCGGAUGCCAAACUCUAACAAGAUUCAUAUGUAGUCAGGCAGAUAGCACCUAUACACACAAUAUUGAAAGUUUGGCCAGUAAAGUAUGUUCACUGGCUCGUCAGAGGGGGGAGAGAUGCAAAAGUCUUCGUGCUGCAAGCUUGCAAUGCUUGUCAUCAAUGGUUUGGUUCAUGACUGAGUAUUCCCACAUUUUUGCUGACAUAGAUGAGAUUAUCCGUGUUACCUUGGAUAACUAUGGAGCAGAUGAGGACAUUGAGGGUAGUGGCGAACGACGUGAGUCGGACCAUCAUUGGGUAGAUGAAGUGGUUAGAUGUGAAACAAGAGGUGGUGCACUUAUUUGCAAUGAUUUUAACCCAAUUAAUAUGACCAUGAGACCUCAUCCCGAGAUAAAGGAUUCUUCUAUGCUAACCAGAGAGGAGAGUGAGAAUCCUAAAGUUUGGGCUCGAAUUUGCAUAAACAAGCUGGCUGAGUUGGCCAAAGAAAGCACGACAAUGCGUAGACUGUUGGAUCCUAUGCUAGUCUACUUUGACAUUGGAAAACACUGGCCCCCUCUGAAUGGGCUUGCUUUGAUUGUUUUAUCUGACAUGGCUUACUUUGUAAAAGGCUCAGGAAAUGAGCAAGUGAUCUUAACUGGUAUUAUCCGCCAUCUGGACCAUAAAAAUGUUGUGCAUGAUCCUCAAACUAAAGCAGAUAUAGUGCUGGCUGCUACUUCCUUGGUUCGGCAACUAAAAUCACGAGAAGUAGUUCUUGAAGUUGGGGUUGUCAGUGAUUUAUGCCGCCAUUUGAGGAAGACACUUCAGGCUGCAAUUGAAUCAGUUGGACAGCAACAAACUGAAUGUUAUACCUCACUUCAAAAUUCUAUUGAGGAUUGCCUGUUAGAGAUUGCUAAAGGGGUCAGUGAUGCAUGUUCACUAUUCGACAUGAUGGCGAUAUCAUUGGAGAAGCUUCCCACUAAUGCAGUUGUUGCAAGGGCAACAAUCGGAUCUUUGUUGAUUCUUGCUCAUAUUAUAUCCUUAGCAUCCUUUAAUUCAAAGUCUGAGUUGGUGCUUCCAGAGGUGCUUCUGCUGCAGCUUCUCAAGGCUAUGAUGCAUCCAGAUGUCGAAACUCGAGUGGGCGCUCACCAGAUAUUUUCGGCUGUGCUUAUCCGAACUCCAAAUCAUCCAAGGCAAGGAUUAGAGUAUCCAUAUGAACCAAGGAAGUGGAACUCCAAAACUUCAUCAGCGUUUGCCUCAGCUACCGCUUUACUUGAAAAACUCCGAAAGGGAAAGGAAUGCAUGGAUGUAGAUAAGCAAUUAAAUGACACCGCAGAUGACAUCAAGGAAAAGGAAAUUGUCUGGAAAGGUUCACCGAAUGUUUAUAAAAUGAAUUAUGCAAUUAUGGAUAAAAGUGGAACUUCCACUCCCCCUCUGGAAACUAAAAUUAUCAUGUUAACUGAAGAACAAACUGCACAAUUACUAUCCGCAUUCUGGUUGCAAGCCAUUCAGCCAGAUAACCUCCCUUCAAAUUUCGAGGCGAUUGCUCAUUCAUUCAGCCUGACUCUUGUUUCUUCCCGUCUAAAGAACUCAAACUAUAGCAAUACAAUCCGUGCCUUUCAGCUAUGCUUCUCUCUUAGAAAUGCUGCUUUCGAUUCUAGUGGUAUCCUGGCACCUUGUUACCGAAGAUCACUUUUCACACUAGCAACUGGAAUGCUGGGUUUUGCUGGGAAAAUAUAUCAGAUACCCGAGCUAAUUGAUCCGCAUAAAUAUUUGUUAUCUUGCAUUGUUGACCCAUAUUUAGGAGUUGGUGAUGACAUGCAAGUUUAUACAAAGUACCAAGCAGAUAUAAAGGACUACGGUUCUGACUUUGAUCAGCAAGCAGCGACAUCUUCCCUGAUUAACUUGAGAAAAGUAGUGAGCGAGACUGAGGAACAUAUAUUCGACAUCAUAGUUCGAGUCCUCGCCUCUUCAACCGGUCUUGAAAUGGAUGAGUUGUCUAAACAACUGUCUGAAACUUUCAUCCCAGAGGAUGAUCUCUUAUUUUGUGCCAAUCCGAGCCUUGACUGGAAAACCAUCAAAGCUCUUGCAACAUGUGACGAAACUCUUUCCUUUGAUGAGGAACGUUCAAGGUCUUCGUCAAUGGAUGCUGACAUGAUUGCAGAAUCCCCGGCCACCGAUUUAUUGAGGUUCAUCCCGAAGAUGCCUGCACCAAUCUUGCCUCAAGUCAUCAGUGUUGGGCAGCUACUAGAAUCUGCACUACAUGUGGCCGGUCAAGUUGCUGGUUCAUCAAUCUCAACCUCACCUCUGCCUUACGGCGCAAUGGCCAGUCAAUGUGAAGCACUGGGAAUGGGGACUCGAAAGAAGCUAUCAAGUUGGCUCGGCAAUGGCCAUGAAUCCAUCCCUGAGAAACCGACAAUCAUUGGGAAGAUGAACUCGGAGAAGUCAAAGCCGGGAAGUUAUGUUCCGUCAGAACCAUGGGUGGCUUUGAGGCUGCCUCCGGCGAGUCCCUUUGAUAAUUUCUUGAAAGCGGCCGGAUGCUAAUCUGCUGAACACCGGCUUUUUCUCUUGAUCUUUACUUCUCUAUGAACUCAUUAAUGUAUGUUUUAUGUUGUUCCUAGCUGGGAUUAGAAUUGGACUUGUUUUUCUCAGUAGUUGUUAUUCAUAAUACUGAAGUAAUGCUGUUAGUUCCUGGACAUUGUAUUGUUAUUUGCAGAUCAAUUCUCAUUCUCUUCUUGUGUGUA